AUGAAGCCUCCUACUUACCAUGAGUUAAGAGUUCCAAUUCUCAAAAAGGAGGUGGCUUACACAAAUGAGUUAUUGAGUGAUCACAAGCAAGAUUGGAAGAAAUAUGGCUGUUCUAUUAUGUCUGAUGGGUGGACUAGUAGAACUAAUAGGACCUUGAUUAACUUUUUGGUGAAUUGCCCAUCUGGAACCAUGUUUGUGAAGUCAAUUGAUGCAUCAUUUUUUAUGAAAACUGAGGAAAAAACUUUUGAAUUACUUGAUGCAUUUGUAGAAAAAAUUGGGGAGGCUAAUGUAGUCAAUGGAUCUAAUUAUGUGUUGGCUGGGAAGUUGUUGGAAGCAAAAAGGCCAAAUUUGUAUUGGACUCCAUGUGCUGCACACUGCAUUGACCUUAUAUUGGAGGACAUUGGGAAAAUUCCUGCAAUUACAAAAACUUUGGGAAGGGCCAUUCAAUUGACUGGAUAUAUCUACAACCAUGGGGGUGUCUUAAAUAUGAUGAGAGAAUACACAAAACAAAGAGAGCUAGUUAGGGCUAGAAAAACUAGGUUUUGCACUUCAUAUCUUACAAUAAAAUCCAUUUAUAAGCAAAAGCAUAACCUAAGGGCCAUGUUUACUUCUGAGGAGUGGGUUCGUAGUAGAUGGGCAAAGGAAGCAAAUGCUAAACGAGUAGUAGAAACAAUUUUGAUGCCUUCUUUUUGGAAUACUAUAGUUUACAUUCUUAAAGUUAUGGGUCCCCUUGUUCGAGUUCUUCGCCUUGUUGAUAAUGAGAGAAAACCAGCUAUGGGUUACAUAUUAUGA